UCUAGAAAGCGCGGAUCCAAGACAGCGACUUGUGAAAGCGGAACUAUCCGUCGCAAUGACAAUGCUGACAGGUUCAGUCUUGGGAAUUGGUUACCCACUAUAGAGUUUGUUUCGUCUGUAGAAAGACAAGCGUGCUGGACACGUCUUCAGCGGUAAAUCGCGAUAGUCCAAAGCCAGCCAAUCAGCAUUGGACGGUUUCCGCAAAGGCCCGUGCCCAAGAUUUCUCGAACUGCUUCCGUCACCAUCCCGAGUCUCUCGGAAUCUCCAAUCCACACAUCUCCACCAUAAUGUCUUCACAAGACGACCCAGCCGCAGCCUGUCCGGUCGAUCACAAGACUCGCGAAGCAUGGCUCGCCCAAGCCCGCGCCCAAAACGCCAAUGCACCCUCAAAUCCUCAUAGUGCACCCAUACCAACACCCGCCGCCCCGCCAGCGCCCUCACAAUCCGCCGUCCAGCAAUCAUGCGAUUCCUCUUCCCUAGACCAAAGCACAACAUCUCCCCCCCCUUCACAUGCAAGCAUUCUCUCCCAAAUACGCCUCGGCACCGACCGUGAAGUCAGCACAAUACCACGCGCCCUCCCCGACAACUUCGCUGCGCCAACCACACCCGACGCCCGCCCAGCAAACAAUGAGCGGGACACAGGCGCCGAUAAGAAAACUGGAAACUGGAUCUACCCCUCUGAGCAAAUGUUCUUCGACGCCAUGCGCCGCAAAUCCUACGAUCCCUCCGCGCCAGACAUGCGCACCAUAGUCCCCAUCCACAACGCCGUCAACGAGCGCGCCUGGCACGAGAUCAAGUCCUGGGAAGCGAAUCGCGGCGCGGAGAAAUGCGGAGGACCUAAGCUCGCUUCCUUCUCUGGGUUAAGCACUAGUUUGACUCCCAGAGCACGGUGGAAGAGUCUGAUGGGGUACCAGCCGCCGUUUGAUAGACACGAUUGGGUUGUGGAUCGUUGUGGGACAAAGAUUGAGUAUGUGAUUGACUUCUAUGCGGGCAGAGAUGAGGGAAAGGUGGGGAAAGCGUUGAACUUCUAUUUGGAUGUUAGGCCCAAGUUGAACAGCUGGGAGGGUGUCAAGAUGAGGAUUGCUAAGUUCUGGGGGUUCUAGAUAUAGAGAAGAGAGAAGAAGUGGGCAGUGUAGGAUAUGAUGUGCGUGUGUAUGAUUAGUGAAUCCGGAUCGGAGUAUGGCACUGGACGAAUAUCUUGAUGAGUAUGAAAAGAUGUAUAUAAGGGUGCGGAAAGGGAAUAGAGUAACUUCGCUCAAGAAGGGAACAUCCUGCGCCUCGACGCGCGGUUGAUGCUACCAAACGCCUCUAUACGCCAUGCGUGCAUCUAAGACUAAUCGUGUCCCCAAGGCAACUCCCUCAAAAGACCGUUCAAGCCGACCAUCCACCAGCAAGAAGAUACUGUACGUACAGCCAAAACUACAAACAAGUCUACCCAUAUCAAAUGU